AUGUUGGGCUGGAUCGGGGCCUACGCAGAUAAGCGUAUUUGGAGGAACUCGUGUUUCCCUCCGGCUUCCGAGCCUUCAACAGUUGCCGGCCAGGCAGCCGGAGAUCAGGCCCCUGGAGAUGAGAGUAGACGAGACGUAGACGCCGUCACUGAUGAACACUCGGAGGGGGCCGCCACUUCUUAUUCGUCACCAAAAUCGACGCAAGCAUCAGUCGGUGACUGCUCUGGAGGCAUCCGGACGUCAGGACCUGUGGACGUCGGCUGCAAUAACACUUACACAUCGUUUCCGGUUACCUCCGAAGCGGUGAACUUGCGGCUCGUGAUGGGCCUGACUACAGACUUGAUCGUCGACUUUUUACAACGCUUUAUUCCUCCCGGUGAGAUCGUGUAG